CUCAGUAGGUGGACAAUUUUCUAAUGCAACCAAAGACUAAAUGGAUAAUAUCAGUCCGCAGAUUUCCAUCAAUGUUUCGACAUGCUUUUCCGAAUUUCGAUUGUUUUAGUUUUCGUCAUUGUACCGGCACUUUCUCUAACUGACACCGUUUCUGUCAACUCCACUGUAGGGUUGAAAGUGCACAAUAUCUCGGAAAAUGUACCGUUCAAUAUAUCGAAAGACGGUAAAACGUAUUUUUUCAAAUACAACACCAACAAUAAUCAAUUCAGAAUUUACAACAGAGUGAGCGUGAAUCCCGUAGUUGCACAAAAUGCUUCUGAUACACCGGUAACAAAAAGGAGAAUAUCCAAAACAUCGAACAGGACGAACAUUAAUGAGCUCCGGAAAUUCGAAGCAUUUUUGGAUGAGGAGUGGAACUACAGUGGCAGCCACAGUAACCAUUUCAAUACUUCCGAACUUCCGUUCCAGAUUUAUCCAUUUCUCUACAACAGCAUAGUGCAGAAAGCAUCAAUGAAAAUCGAGAACGGCGAAAGAUUGCCAGAUAUAACGAAAGUGAUAUUCAACAAACACAAGAAUGACUCGAUGCUUUUGAACUUAAAUUUCGGUAAAAUGGAUCCUGGUCAUACUAUUCUCAAUGCUGAACUGCAUUUCUACUGGCAUGUACCGGAGGAUUCAAACUUCUUCAAGAGUUCUUGUGUUCUAAGGCUAUACGAAGUGGGAAACGAGCACAAUGAUACAAUAGCAGGAAGAACACCAGAUAUACACAAACUAUUGAAUGUCAUAUAUGUGUCUAAAGCUCAAAGUGGUUGGCAGAUGUUCAGAAUAACCAAGAAGUUGAUUGAAACUUGGGUGAAUAUGACUGAAGAACUAAGGCUCUUGAUUUCUAUAUCUGAAGCAAAUCAAGUCAAUUCUACAACCAUAUUCAAUGAUGCAAAGAAUGAGAAAAAAAUGAGAACCUUCUUGAUACUCAGAAUUAAGGAUGGAGAAAAUGAUGACCUGACUGAGAUAGUUCCGAAAAAUUAUUCUGAAGAAUCCCGUGGUCAUCACAAAUAUUGUUCAAAGAGUGAUUUUUAUCUGGACUUUCGAAAAUUGCAUUGGAGUAACUUCAUAAUUGCUCCUGAAGGAUUCAUGGCUUAUGAUUGUCUAGGAAAAUGUACAAAAGGCAUAACGCCGAUAUUUUUUCCAAUAACUUGAAAAUGCUUACGACAUUUCAAGAUAUAGAAAAAAGGUCUCGAAGUCCAUGCUGCGUGCCAGUGAAAUUUUAUUCAUUACCGAUUAUGGUUUAUGACCAGUUAAGAAAUGUUGUUAUGAAAAUGUAUAAGGACUUAAUUGCAGCAGAAUGUGGAUGUCGAUGAAUUCAACACAAAUAAUAUUCUUAUCAAUUAUUGGUAUAUUGAAAAAUACCGAUUAAAAGGCAUACUAUUAUUUACGUUUCGUACAAAUGUCUAAUAUAUCUAGAAAAAUUCUGAGCAUUGAGACUGUGAAAAAUAAAUGUUCAGAAAUAUAA